AUGAAGAAGAUUUUAGGAGGUCUUAUCAGCUUGAAUCAAUCUUCUUUCAUCUCUGGAAGAUCGAUUCAAGAUAACAUCAUGGUGGCUCAUGAAUUGGUGAGGAAUUAUCAUAGACCCAAAGGUACCCCAAGAUGUGCUUUAAAAAUAGAUAUUAGAAAGGCUUAUGAUACUGUUAAAUGGGAUGCAAUUUUCUUUAUGCUACAACAUAUGGGUUUUCCUGAUGUCUUCAUUAACUGGAUUGCCCUAUGUAUUAAAUCAGCAAAGUUUUCUAUUCUUAUAAAUGGUUCCCCAUUUGGUUUUUUUGGAGCUAAGAGAGGUUUGAGACAAGGCUGCACCAUAUCUCUUUAUCUGUUUGUGCUAGCUAUGGAGAUGCUGAGUGCCACACUUCUUAAACAAGUUCAGAUUCAGAAGUUUGGCUUCCACCCAAGAUGUAAGUUGACUAGACUAACUCAUUUGUGCUUUGCUGAUGAUGUGCUGAUCUUUUUCAAAGGAAACAUUGUUGCUGCUGCUAGCUUAAAAUAUGCACUUGAUGAAUUUAGUACCUACUCAAGCUUAGAAAUUAAUAACCAGAAAACUUCCCUGUUUUGUUCUGUUGUGGAUGACUUAACUCUAGAACAAAUAAUUCAUAUUCUAGAUUGCACAGUGGGAGAAUUGCUUGUCAAAUAUUUGGGUGUCCCUCUCUUAUCUACUAAACUUUAUUAUAAAGAUUGCUUACCCUUGCUUGAAAAGGUGGAUGAGAGAAUUCACUUUUGGAAGUCUUUAUUCUUGGCUUACCCUGGAAGAGCUUUUCUUAUAAAGGAAGUUCUUUGUGGAAUGUUGUUUUUCUGGUUCUCUUGCUUUGUUCUGCCAAAAAGGGUCAUAAAGGAGCUAAAUACAUAA